UUUCGUAAGGGUUUGGCACGUUUGCUAGGAGAUUCUGGCUGUCUGCCCAGCUCUGAGUUUCCUGUUCAUAGCUCCACAGAUGUGUCACUGCUGAGGGAUUAAAGCCCUCAGACGCUCUGACACAGACAUCCCCAAGACCCCAGUUUCUCCUUCCAUUGAACCUCUGCACCAGCUGGGGCGUCUGACAAGAUAUGAGCUGUCACUCUCGUGCGGCCCAGAGCACUUUCAGAAAAGGAAAAAAAGAAUUAACAAGACUAUCCAGAGCUGACUUUGAAACGCACUUUUGUUUUUAAUAACCAACGUCAGCUCUUCAUUUGGGCAAAGAAACUGUGCUGGGCUACCCAGAGAGCUACCACCUCCUAGGAGGCCAAGUCCUUCCCAAGUGCCCCAAGGAUGAAGAACAGAGCCGGCAGAUGCAUCCCCCAAUGAUGCUGACUCCCUCCUGAGAAGCAGGACCACGUGGCACAAGAAAGGCCUUCUCUAAGGAGAAUAUGAAAGUGUUACUCAGACUUAUCUGUUUCAUAGCUCUACUGAUUUUUUCUCUGGAGGCUGAUGAAUGCCAGGAACGUGAAGAAACAAUAAAUCGAGUUUCCUCUGCUAAUGAAAUUGAUAUUCGCCCCUGUCCUCUGAACCCAGAUGAGAAGAAAGGUGAUAUAAUUUGGUAUAAAAAUGACAGCAAGACCCCUAUAUCUACAGCACAAGACUCUAGGAUUCAUCAGCACAAAAAUCAACUUUGGUUUGUUCCUGCCAAGGUAGAGGAUUCAGGACAUUACUAUUGUGCAGUAAGAAAUUCAUCUUACUGCCUCAAAAUUAAAAUAAGCCCUAAAUUUGUGGAGAAUGAGCCUAAUGUGUGUUAUAAUGCAGAAGCUAUAUUCACACAGAGACUACCCGUGGAAAGAGAUGGAAAACUUGUGUGCCCAUACUUAGAAUUUUUUAAAGAUGAAAAUAAUGAGUUUCCAAAACUACAGUGGUAUAAGAAUUGUCAACCUCUACUUCUUGAUAAUACUCACUUUGGUGGAGCCGCUAAUCAGCUCGUUGUGAAGAAUGUGGCUAAAGAGCACGGAGGGAACUACACUUGCCGUGCAUCCUAUACAUACUUGGGAAAGCAACAUUCUGUUACCCGGGUAAUAGCAUUUAUUACUCUAGAGGGAAAUAGGCCUUUGAGGCCUGUGAUUGUGAGUCCAGCUAAUGAGACAAUGGAAGUUGAACUGGGAUCCCAUAUACAACUGAUCUGCAAUGUGACUGGCCAUCUCAGUGACUACGUGUACUGGAAGUGGAAUGGGUCCAUAACAGAAGAUGACCCUGUGCUGGAGGAAGAAUAUCAUUUUGUAGAAAAUCCUUCAGACAAAAGAAGGAGUACACUCAUCACAGUGCUGAAUAUUUCAGAAGUCGAAAGUAGAUUUUAUCUCCGUCCAUUUACCUGUUUAGCUAAGAAUACACAUGGUCUCAAUGUAGCAUAUAUCCAGUUAAUACAUCCAGUCCCUGAUUUCCAGAAGCACGUGAUUGGUGUAUUUGUCCUGUUGACAGUUAUAAUUACAUGCUCUGUUUUCAUCUACAAAAUCUUCAAGAUUGACAUUGUGCUUUGGUACAGGGAUUCCUGCUAUAUUUUUCUCCCCCCAAAAGCUUCAGAUGGGAAGACCUAUGAUGCCUAUAUACUGUAUCCAAAGACCCUCGGGGAAGGGUCCACCUCUAACUCAGAUAUUUUCGUGUUUAAAGUCUUGCCUGAGGUCUUGGAAAAACAGUGUGGUUAUAAGCUGUUCAUUUAUGGAAGGGAUGACUAUGUUGGGGAAGACAUUGUGGAGGUUAUAAAUGAAAACAUAAAGAAAAGCAGAAGACUGAUUAUUAUUUUAGUUAGAGAAAUGUCAAGCUUUGGCUGGCUGGGUAGUUCAUCUGAAGAGCAAAUAGCGAUGUAUAAUGCUCUUAUUCGGGAUGGAAUUAAAGUUGUCCUGCUUGAGCUGGAGAAAAUCCAAGACUAUGAGAAGAUGCCAGAAUCCAUCAAAUUUAUUAAGCGGAAGCAUGGGGCCAUCCGCUGGUCAGGGGACUUUACAGAAGGACCACAGUCUGUAAAGACAAGGUUCUGGAAGAGUGUCAGGUACCACAUGCCAGACCAGCGACGGCCUUCUUCAACCAAACACCAAUUACUGUCCCUGGCCACUAGGCCAGACUUUAAGGAGAGGCUGCAGAGAGAGGUCCACUUGCCUCUUGGGUAGCACGGAGCAGCCAGCUGAGAGCUCUUUGGGUGCCUCCUGUCUUAGGGCAUUGAAAGCCGGGCUGUGCCUCCAGCUGACUUGUACAGUCGUAAAAUGUACCUGUAUAGUCUGUUAUCCCUCAGGUCACCUGGAAUAGGACUGUCAAGGGAGCAGGACAUGGUGACAAUAGCAGGCCAGGGUACUUCAGAGGAGAGGGCUUGGGAAGACCGUUAAGAAAGGCAACAAAUGCCCUCUCUGAAUGUUUGAACUGCUGAGGAGAGGCAUAGAGAUAGCAAACUAGAGGCAAUGGUCACCAUUUAUAGGUAUUAAGUCACCCACAGCUCAAGGGCAGGGCUGUGGCCUGCUCUGGGGAUUCCGUAGGGUCACUGGCUCUGGAGUGGCCCUCCUGGGUGGUGCUGCAGGAGAAGUGAGACUGACACCUCAGAGAAAGAUUCGUGUAUUCUUGGUGAACUUUCCAUGUGUUUGCAUUUUCCAUACACGUCCACAGCCAGCAGUUUCCAAAGAUUGAAUUUUAUUUUCUGGAUCUUGAAAACUGUUGUUUCAAUGAGUGAAGGAAUUUUCCAGGAUUCCACAGUUUUGAAAUCAUCUUAGCUUUCCACAGGGAAGAGAGAAUUUUAAAAGCAACAGCACCAGAGAUUGAUCACCUCUCGAUGUUCUUCUCUCCGGCAUGGCCAUCCAGUCCUUUCUUAUUCUUCUGCGCUGCCCUAGGCUUGUUGCUUCUUUGGAAAGACAGCUUCACAGUGGCUUCCUCCCUGGGCUCUGUCCUGUGCUCAGGCCAUAGAUGACCCGUCCUUCCUAAGAUGCUGCUCUCCUCUUUGCCUGCUCCCCAGGGUGUUCUCCACUUAAGGAGCUGAAGCCCCAGCUUUCCUUAACUUUCCCCCCGUGGUCCUUCUGCGUGAACUCCUGGGUCAGCCUUUUGGGCUGGGUGCCUGACCAGCCUCUUCCAUAUUUGCUCUGCCCCUCUAACUAGAAUGCUGUAUUGAAUUUUCUCCAGCUGACCAGAACUUACUGACCCCAAGAUCAUAGUUCCCUAGAGACUUUGCCUAAAAGCUUACUCUCCAACAAACUCUCUCUUUCCCCUGUGGGUUGAUAGCACUGACUGCUGGUUGUCACUCUGGUGGAGGGUGGUUCUGUCCUUACUGGAGUCUGUGCUCUCAGAGGGGGAGGCUGUGGUUGCAUUUCCCUGCCCCUCCCCGCCUCCCGUGAGUAAUUUGCACAUAUGACAUAGAUUUGUAUAUUGCUUUAUUGUUUAAAAAGUUCUCAGAUUAUAUUAUUUAAUUUUGCAAUUAUUCUAAUUUUCUAUAGAGAGGAAGUGAUUUAUUUUUUUAAAAAAUCACACUCUGUUGGACCUAGAACUUGAACCUCCAUUUCUGGCUUCCAGUUCAUUGCUCUGCAUACCUGAUUUCAGGUCAACAACUUUCCCCCUCACUUCUACCCUGCCACUUUUGUGAGAAGAAAUGAUAAUUUUCCAGGAGGCAACUGAAUCUAAGAAUGUUUCCAUUUAAGAAAGAAAAUUCUAAACUUUUCAGUAUUGGAAUUUACAAAAAUUAUGUGUCGAUUUUAUGAAAACUUUUCUACUUUCAUAUAUUCUUUCCCUAAAGUUAAAUAUUUGUUUAGACAACUAAAAACGAAAAAGCAUUGCAGAGUUUUUUUGGUAUAGAAGAGAAUAUUUUUAAAAAAUUUGAUCAGAGUCUGCAGCAUCAUUAGAGAAACCCUGGAAAAACAAUAAAACCAAAUUUAGGUGCCACUUGAACAGAACACAUGAACAGUUCUAAAAGUUGUAUGAUUCUGGGCAGGCCUCCUAGUCUUUAUAUUUUUAGGUUUUUAAUAUCGAAUAUUAGGGGUAAACACAAUUUUUAUUUGGAAUAAUACUCCCCCCCCGGAGUAGUCGGAAAUAGACUCAAACACAGGGUUGAAUUAAUCCUCUGACACUUCCCUUUCCACCUGCUUUCUCCUGGGCUCAUCUGAUGUUGAGUGAUGGCGCUGAUUGACAGCUGCCAUUCUGAAAGACAGUGCCUAAGUUUCACUUAUUUUCAUAUUCAAAUUAUACAUAAUAUAAUUUAUUCCAAAUAAAAAUUGGCAGCACACACAGACUACAGCCAGAAGUGCACAGCAAUAUGUCUGUGGGUGGGUGGGGGCGUCACAUCCCCAAAUGUCUAUUAGAAUUAAAAAUUUAAUUUUGUUGAUGAUUUUAGUCUGAAAAUAUAUCUGCAUGCACAGUGCCAAGAAAGCAAGCCAAUUCUGAAAUUUAGAAUUAGCAACAAAAGUGGCCAAAAAGUGGGGAGGGACUUGACAGCCAAGAACUUAAGGAGGAAAAAGAAAUCAACAGAUAACCCAGGGCUAAGGGGCAUUUCAAACAGAAAAGUACAAUGUCAUUCCCAGAUGUCAUUCUCAUUGUCCAAGGGCUGUCCAUUGUUGGAGGCGGGGCCAACACUCCCCUGCAGUGUUGUGUGUGGGGGGGAGAAGCUAUGUUCCUAGUUUCCUAUGAAAUUUGACUUACGGUCUUCCCUCUCCCCCCUCCAAAAACUGUUUUUAAAGCCUUCCCCAUUGAUAACAUCUUAUUGCACUUUCUGAUCGUGUUUUGUUUAAUCAGCCUGAGUGUUGAAGAAGAGCUUGCAAAUGCAAUAAAGUAUUUAAUUACCAGUUACUAAAACUGGUUUAGCAGAAUUUAUAUUUCCCCCUCCUGCCUUUCUUUUUAUUUGCAAUAAAAGAAAAGGUAUUGAGCCAUUUUUAAAUGACAUUUUUGAUAAAUUAUGUUUGUACUGGUUAAUGAUGAAGGGUUUUUUUUAACUUGUUUGUAUAAUUCUACAGCAGAUGCCAACUAUUUUUUAUAUAUUAAAACAUCAGAUUCGUGUACAGCAUAUGUCAUUGAUCAAUAGACUGUACUUGUUUUCCAAUAAAAGUGUCAAACAUUGA